UAUAAAACGGAACAUGCAGAGGGUCUUACAUGCCCGUAGUUUUGGGGAAUGGGAGAUAGUAGAGGAGGUUAUUUGAGGGAAGGCUUGUAGAGACCUAUGCAAAUGUGCUUACUCUUGCAUCGCACAUAAUGGUGGUGAGGCAGACAUGGCAGUCCUUGACGGAGAGAAAAUUCACAGCACUCAUAUGUGGUAUACGAGUGUGUUGUGGUAAAUGUGAGGCGGUGCUUGUAUUCUGCUACGUGUUUCUUAGUCGCUUGCUCACAAUUUUUCUUCUCCCCCCUUUCUCUCUCUCCUUCUCUAUUUCUCUCUCUCUCUCUCCGUGUGUGUGUAGUCUGGGCACCCUGCCAAGUGGAGUGUGUUUUUUGAAUGAAUACCUGAUGAGGCUGCUGAGGCUGUGACUGGGGGGGGGAGGAGCCGUGUUCUCCACAGCACUGUGUGUAUGUGUGUGUGUAUGAAGAGCAGAAGAGGGUGGGAGAGAGAGAGAGAGAGAGAGAGAGAGAGAGAGCUGGCAGUCUGUUUGCCUUGCAUAACAUACGCUGUAGCUCUCACACAUAGGGCUAGUGAAACAGCGCAGACAAGGGGACUUCCUUUACCCUCCGAGCUCUCAGAGCGAUUGUCGAAGGAAGUGGAGGAGAGUCGAGAUCAAGGGGGAAUAGUGGACAUGGAAGAAAGCACAAAUGAAAGGACUGCAUGUGUGACCUGAUAGCAGAGCUAAACCUGGACAAAGGACAGCUUGCCAGUGGAUAGAGUGAGUUACACUUAUAGUGCAGAGAGAGGGAGAGAGAGUUGUUAAAGAAAGGUUAAAACCAAUAACAGAGAAAGAUGAUUCCACAUGAAGCUCAUGAACACCUUUAUGAGAAAAGACAUGACAACGGCCAGGACUACAGUAAAAAAAGAAUUGUAGGACAAUGAAAACCUCGACAACUGACUUCUAAAACAUCCUGAGUAAGACUUGUAGGUAAAAAUACGGAAAACGCUCCAAGACCAUGAAGUCGAACCAGGAACGCAGUAAUGAGUGCCUUCCGCCAAAGAAGCGGGAGAUCUUAGCUCUAGAAGAGAAGCAGGUGCUGGUGUCAGCUGCUGUUAGUGAAAGCCAGAGCGGAGAGAAUUUGGCUUGGCUAGCUAGUGUUGCUACCAUGGCUAGCAUGGCCCACAUCCCCAACAAUGCAGGCAGAAACAGUGCCGAGCUUGACAGUCCUCCACCGUCAAAUAAGGCUCUCACUGUGGUGACAGAAUAUUCCCCACCGACGACUACAUCUGCUGGGUUUUCAUUCUCUUCCAAUAGUUCCACAUACAGAGGAGUCUUCUCUGGGCCUACGGUGCUAACAGCUAAUCCUACUGUUCUCUCCACUAGCCUUCCUCAAACCAUAGGCUCGGUUCAGUAUACACACCUUUCCCCCAACCUCCAGCUUAUAGGCCCCUAUACAAGUUACAUUUCUUCUCAGAUUGUGCCAUCAACAACCAGUCCAACACAGCCACGGAGGACACCACAAGAGGUCUUGGCCACUACAGCUGUCAUCUCCCAAGCUUCCAGCAUCGAUUCCCAUAGUCAACAUGUGAUUUCUGCAGUACCAAAUGUUUCUCACAGUCAAUGCAUCCAGGUAGAGAGUGCCCCCUUGGGUUUGACAGUUUCUUCCCCUACUGCUCAGUUGCCCCUUCAAAUUCAUCCACACUCGGCUGUUCAACUCGCCCCUCAUGGCUUGGCUCUCACCCCCUCCCAAGUGGUGCUGCACUACACUGAUGGCUUUAUUGCAAAACAUCCAGACUCCAGAGAUAUGCCUAACGGUGCCCUAGGAGAAGUUACAGUGGUCAAAAACAGUACUUCUGUGGUAAGGGGAAUCUCCAGCCAAGCAGAAGGUGACCAGAGCCACAAACAAAAUCACAACCUGGGCCUCCAGACCCAAGCUCAGGUUCUGCUCCCGGCAGACUACAGCUCUCAUGACCGAACAGGCCUGCAAACAUCGCUGAUGUUGGUAUCCAGUGGCCACCUUGCAAAUAGUAACGCAGAGCUCCAAAGUAUCUUGGGUAAAGACCAUUCAUCUUUGCAUCUUAAUGAGAGAGGAGGCAUCUGCCUAGGUAAGCCAAUGUCCAGAGUGUGCACCAUUGUCUCCUCAGAUAACCAGGUGCCUCCAGCCUCCACAAUCUCCCCCCACACACUACUGCAGGCUCCUCACAACACUCCUCAGCAGGAGCUCCCCACUAACCUUUACUCUGCCACACAGCUGCCAAUAAUUGGCUACAUCACCGGUGCUGCUAGUGGACCCCAGCAAGCUGGUUACCAGAGCAACCUUCCACAGCACGUGGUGAUCUCAGGCAGCCCCUCCCUGCUCAUUCCAGUGAGUGCCACCAACAUCAAUCCAUCCACUGCUGAGCCAGAGGUCACCCGCUGUUCUUUCACCCCCAGGAUAACCAAUGCAUCAACAGCUCUGCAUCAGUCCUUCAUUAAUGCAGCCCCACCUGCAGCUGCAGCUUCAGUCCUACCCAAUGGUAAAGACAUCACAGGGUCCGAUGCAGGUCAUGCCCCUUGUGUCAUUCAAAGUCCGGCCCAAAUACAGCUGCCUGUUCUUACAACAAGUGUAGUGGAAUCUCCAGCUCCUGUAACACCUCCAGCAUCCACAAGCCCCCACAGCUCAUCACCAACAUCACCAUCAGCAGGCCUACCACCUUUUUUCAUGAAGGGCUCUAUUAUCCAAUUGGCAGAUGGUGAGCUGAAGCGUGUGGAGGAUCUGCGGACAGAGGACUUCGUACAGAGUGCCGAAGUGAGCGGAGAACUGAAAAUAGACUCCAGCACUGUGGAACGUAUAGAGUGCAGCCGAAGUCCUAAUGCUGUCAUCAUACAGUUCUCAGUGGGUGAAAAUAAGGCACAGGUAUGUGUAGAAGUUUUGGUGGAAUAUCCUUUCUUUGUGUUUGGUCAAGGUUGGUCGUCCUGCUGCCCUGACCGCACCACCCAGUUGCUAGCGCUAUCUUGUGCCAAACUCUCUGUGGGUGAUGUUUGUAUCUCCCUCACCCUUAAAAGCUUGAAAAACAGCAUUCAAAAGAAAGAUUACUUUUCGGACUCUGUGGUGAGAAACAACAGUCCUCAUCUGAAAGCAGCCAAAAGCAAUGGGCCCACUGAUGACAGACCAAACCAGAUGGAUAAUCAUAAAAGGGGAUUUAAAAUUACUUCAAGGGAGGAGGGCAGUUUUGUAGACACACUGGCUGAGACCUCCAAUACCAGAAAUGUUUUGACCCACUCAAACAAUGGUGGCAUAAGCCCUAUGGCGAACCACCAGGACCAGUCAGAAAAAACAUACACAACUGGUGCUGAAAGAGCAGUUAGCCGCAAGAGGAGAUGGUCUGCUCCAGAGAAAGGGGAAAUGAUAAGGUCAAAGGAGGACACUCCGGUUUUACCCAAGUUUUCCUAUCUCCCACACCAGCUGAAGGUCAGCAUUGAGGGCCGCUCCAGCACAGGUUCCUGAGGGGCCCCAUAGAGCAGUGGUGGGAAGUCCUCGUGCAAAUGGGUCACUUUUCCAACCAAGAAUUACAUUUACUAGCCUUACUCUACCAAUUCAGACUCCAAGAGAUGACAAACUUGAUUUACUGAAUAAAAUAUGUUUUUGCUUGGUGUCCAAGAAGAUGCUUUGCUUCAACUACACAGAAACUCGAAACAAAACAUUCCCCAUCACUGCCAUGGACCCACAGUCAAAGUGGGACUAGGAACUCGGAUUUACAUUUUACUACUUUGUUGCUUUCCUGUGACAUUCAUAUCCAGGUUACUGUAAUGUCAGUUUAUUUUACACAAGUAUGUGUGUGUGAUUGUGGGUUGUGUGUCAUAUUAAUUCUCAAACCUUUUAUUACUUAGCUGUACCAUUUUAGGGUUGUACAUUGGAAGGUUUUUACCAGUUCAGUUUUCUUCAGCCUGCUGUUUUGUGUUUAAUUUAGUCUUCUGUUACGUGUACAGAAUUCAUUCAUAAUCAGGGCCUUUACCGGAUGAGGACUGUUACAAGGAUUGAUGGCAAAAGGUUAACAGUGAGAUAAGUGAUUUUUGUAUGAUUACGAGUGCAUUUUGGUGAGCUGUGAGUAUGAAGCCACGUUCCAAUCAUUACUGCUCCCAAUAAGCCCUUGCUUACACAAUGUUGUCUGUGAGCGAUAAACCCUGCUUCAGUAAGACUUUUAAAUCAGAACUAGUUUAAGUAUACCAUCAAUAUUCAACAAUGAAUGUAAAUUGAUUUCAGUUUGUUUUAAUUCAGUUGUUGAUAGUCUUCUACAUAUGCAAUACUGAGCUUUCACAUACCUCAUAUGUGCAUUUAACAGAUAACCCAAUCAGAUGGCCUGAUCAAAUCUGUGAUUUCUGUGGUUUUGAGUGAGAAAGCAAAAUAUAGAGAAAUCUCCGCAUAGUCAAACUAUGGCCAUGUGUAGAGAAGUUUCCACUCAAGUCAGAAUAUUAGCACUUUAAAGAAAGGUUAAGGGAAGUUGAAUGAAUGGAUGGAAACAUUCCCACCUCUGUUUUGUUACUACAGCAACAGACAGUUAUGAGUGCUGUUAGUCACUUUGUGCAUUACUACCAAUUUUAGGUGCGAAGCACUGCUCAUUUAGUAUUUUUUAAUAACAAUGUCCUUUCACCAUUUUAAGUAUUUUGGGCCUUAUCUAGUCCAGCUGCAAUAAUUACAUUUCUCUUUAAGACACAAUGGGGCGGUUUCCCGGACAGGGAUUAGACUAGUCCUAGACUAAAAUAAAUCUAAGAGCUGUCCAAACUGAAAACAACUUGCACUGACAUAUCUUAAAAUACAUCAGUACCCUUUGUUUUGCCUCAAAAUCACAGACUGUAAAAAAAGAUGGACGUAAUGUCCGUGACGUCACCCAUAGGUUUCUAAAGAUCGUUUUUGAAGCUUAAAGUAGGCGUUGCCUGCCGUCACCAUCUUGGCCGCGCGUCACCGCGCAUCACUCGCGGAUAUCCGAAAAUGGGUAAAGAGGCGGGACGUGGGGGAAGCUUAGGUGACUGUAACUGUAACUUAAAGGAACAGUAUGUAAGAAAUUUAUAUAAAUUAAUUAUAAAAUGGCCCUGAUAUAUCACUAGACAUUAAGAAAUCAUUUUCAUUUAAAAUACUUAUAUCACUGACAACAGUGGUCUGGCCAGGAUAUUGUCAUUUAAAAAGUGGAGUUGCAGCCCUCAACUGAUGUUUAUGUUGUCAUUUUGUGUAUUGGCCACCAGUUGUGUGAUUGCAGUACCAGUUUUGGCCACAAUCCUACAUACUGUUCCUUUAAGUGGCCACGCAUUAUGCAGAACUUUAAGGCUUAAUAUAAUUUAAACGGAUGAGUUACAAAAAAAUUCCCCCCUCCUCACAGUUGUCAUGAAUGACAUCCACUUAGACUGAAAUGGUAAACAUUUGACUAACCUGUACAAUGAUGAAAGAAAGACAAACACAAAACGUAAUUGGCUGGCUCUGCCUAGGUUAUUUGCAUAAGGCGAUCUGAUUGGCUGACGCACGCGUUGCCGCUUGAAAAUUUGAGAAAUGUUCAACUUCUGCCACGAGCAACGGCACUGACGCGGCGCCGACGGAUCCACAAUUCAGUUCGGCAACGCAUGACGUCACCCAUUGUGUGAAUGCAUUGUGACGCUUACGUCCCGUGUGAAUGCACCGUUAUGGCGUGCAACACGGCAGACUUGUAACCAUACACCACACUCACAUAGCGCCCUCUAGCGGUCUGGAAGUACCAUCACUCCCUUCACUGUGUUUUUACAUACAAGAAAUAUGUUAAAUACAACAAUCUGUGAAGAACAAUCAAUUGGGACGUCACACAAAAUUAGCUAUACAGACCAAAACAUUUUUUUGUACCAGGCUGUAAACAUAUUAUUUUCUACUGUAAAGUUGGCCAUUUUAACAUGGGGUCUAUGGGAAUUGACUCCCUUUUGGAGCCUGCCUCUAGUGGCCAGUCGAUGAAUUACAGUUUAAAUCACUUCCGUAUUGGCUUCAUCAGACAGAUCGGAAGGUUGCCCCUCGCUCAAAAUGCACACAGGUAAUGUUUUAGUAAGGCAUGUUUGUUCAUACUAGUUAUAUUUCGUAAUUAAACUAAGACCUAGUCCUGGCUUGAGCUAAUCUCUGUCUGGGAAACCACCCCAAUAUGAUCACCAUAUAUAAACAAAAUAUUUUUGGUAGCAUCCCUUUGUAACAAAACGUUCCUGUAUAAGAAACUGAAUGAAUCUAUUGGAGUUCACAUAAAUUAUAUAGAUCAAAAAUCAGAUUUAAAUUUAACAAUGAGUAUAUUUAAUUUGCUAGAGUCAAAGGAAGGUUAAGGGCAACAACGUAUAGUUUUCACAGUUAUGUUGAAACACUGUAUCCUGUGUCAUGGUAUGUAAACCUGUUGAUGGUCGUUUUUGACUUCUCUCAGUGUAGACAAUAUAUUUACUUCAAUGUCAAAAUACGUAUUUCUAAAACAUUUUUGUGGAUGAAACAAAUAGCACAAUUAAAUCUACAAUUUGAACAAAAUAUAGUUCAAUCCCUUGCAGCCUAAUUAUGUUUAAAGGUAAAAAUACAAAUUUUUAGGUUAUUUUAAAUGAUGAAUAUAAUUGCUAUCUUUCACAAAUAAAAUCAGAAGCCUUAUGGAAAUGUUUUCAGAUGCUAUCAAAAGAUACGGACAACUUCACUGAUUGUUUAAAACAUGUGUUGUUACGAAUUCAUAAAUAAUAUUUUGCCAUUUGCACAAGUAGAAAUAUUAAAGUAGAAGUAUAUGUAUAGAGUCUUAUCCUUCCUAUUCCCAGCUCUGUAUUCUGAUAAGUUUAGACAUCAGUAUGAGUUGUCAACAGAUGACAUUGUGUUGACUGAUGUUAGAAACUAAGGCGUCGUUGUGUCUCAAAUGUAACAUUUAAAUGGAAUCACAAUAGACCUCAUAUUGUUGAAAUAAUGCUUGAUUGCACAUUCAGUCCUUUUUGGAUAGAUUUAUGCACUUUUGAAGAGAGAGGACAAUGAAAGAGAGACAUUACAAGGAUAGUUGAUCAGUAGCCAUGCAUAGCACUAUGUCAAUGCAGUCUAUUGUAACAGUGAUACUGGUAAGGCAGUAGAAGGCUCAACUCUAUGAUACAAUAGACUAGAAACCAUUAUGAAAUGUCUAUGUGUCUGAAUUGUUCUUUACUUCAUAUGUAUAAUUGUUCUCUCUCUCUCUUUUCCUUUGUAGCUAUGUAAGUACUCAGUGUGAGAAGAACUUCAUUCAGUAUAGUCAGGUUCAACACUGGUAGUCUUUUAUCCAGUGUGUGCUUUUUAGUUUCGACCUGACAAUGGUGAUUUUAUUAUAUCAAAUAUUCUUAAAAAGGCGACACUGAAUAAAUAGCGAAUUAAAACGUUAGUCAAACUGCAUUCUCAGGUUGAGAAACCGGCCCGAUGACUGUUUUCGUUCCUGUUUAAUGUUUUGCAAAUACAUUCAGAGUUACAAAUGAAACCAAGCUGGUCCCAGUCCCGUGAUUCAUGGGAACUAACUGGUUGACUAUUGCUCCCUCUACAGCCCAUCACUGUACAUGCACCCGAUAUAUAAAAAAGCAUGACAAGUUGUGAAUGUAGCUUGCUUUGAAGACGUGUUGAUAUGGAAAAUGCAACAUUCUGUUGUAUGUACAAUGCUGGGCAUCAACGAUAUGGCUUUUUUAUGAUAUAUCCAAAGACAGUCAGAACUUUGCUGUAUGCAUAUGCCUCAAUGAUGUAUAGCCAGGAAUAGUUUUAGCAAUAGCACAAGGCCUCAUUAUGGGUUGGGAGACCAAACUUGACGUCUAGAGAUCAACCUAUACAGAACACAUGCAGUCACGGAUCUCACUGGUUUUUGUUUUGAAUAUUGUUGUAAAGGGAGAUCUGGUGUGGAUCUUUUACCUCCCGUUAAACCUCAAUCGCUGGAGUGACACCUUAAAAAAUAGCACAUAACUGAUUUCUCGUUUAUAUAUUCAGUGUAAAUUACUAUAUUUGUGUGAUUCGUUGUAUCUGUGAUAUUUUUCUCACUCUUUGAAAAGCUCCUUUUCUACAAACUGACAAAGCAAUGAAGACAAAAGGCAACCUCAACUUUUCUAACUGUGGCGUGUUUGUGUGAACAGAGCAGACAGAAAUGCUCAGUGAAGUCAGUGAUUUUUUUUUUGGUGGUGCUUGCAAGUUUUUGCUGUAUUGAUUUUUUUUUAAACGGAAAGGAAAAUCAGACUUGACUUUUGGCAAAUAUGUCCAGUUUGAUGACUUCUUGUAUAGUAAAAAUAUAUUGUAUCUGUAUAAUCUCUCAAAUAAAAAACUGCGUCAA